AUGGAUCCUAUUUGGAAGAUGACAGAACCAGUUCCAUCAUCUAGCAAACUUGGGAAACCAAAAUGGUAUUUUGCGGACGAUGAGCUUACGAGGCUUCCAUCUAAAAUGUCUUUGGAUUCGAUUACAAAUGGAAAAUUGCAGAGUUUGUUCAGGGAAUCAUUAGACAAUUUUUUGUGCUUGAUGAUUGAGGCUUGUUGAUGGAAUUUGUUUGAUGAUAAAGGUUUU